CCCCCUUGUGUCUGUCAAUGUUCAACGUUCAACGUUCAACCUCAGUCAACUCCACAUACUGCCUACUAAGUUGAACACGGCGUAGAAUCAACGCCGGUGAGUCUCUAGUCACUGGCACAUGAUGCAUGAAGUUUGACCAACGAACUCGUAUUAUUGUGAGGAUACACAACCCACUAAGAGGUAUAUAAGCCCUAAGCUCUAAAUCAGACCAUCCUCGGCCGCACUCGCCGCAUUAACUCUUCUCACAACAUCCUAAUCAUGUCUGACGACCAGUACAGCCUCAAAGUCUACAUCUCCGACGAAUCCUUGACUGCACUCAAGGAAUACGGAUACAGACUUUGCAUAGCAAAGGAAGUAAACGGCAAAUACAACGUCGUGUUCCAAGGUGUAAGCAAACUCCUGUUCCAGAACACAUUUCAAUUCGAAGAUUAUUACCGAGUCUUUGGCACGAACAAGUUUGCAGAUGGCGCAUUGAUAGAUGCAUCCACGAAGAAGUACCCAAUCAUGGGAGGCCAAAAGAUCACGUUGAGCUCUGCAGGCGUGUUUAGCCCUACAUCUGGGUCAGUGAAUCCUGAAGCAGGAUUCACAGUUCACAAUCAAUACAUAGAGCCUAUCCACUUCGGUGUUGACGCGUUUGUCGGUAACGAAUACAGCUCCAUCUACGUUGCCGAGAAACCAGUUCUGUCCGGAGACGUCUUCUUGACGCCCAAGAAGAAGUUCUUGGUCUGGUUCGAGCAGGACCUCGAGACGGACAUGAUGAUCUCGCGGGCCAUCACCAACUCCAUUCGGCUCGACUUUACAAACGCCAGCGACAUUACGAUCAACUACACGGCACCAAAAGAUGCACCUGCUAAGGGAGUCUGGUCAUAUGGGCCUCUCGUGGUGCUUGGACAGACGUACCACCCAGAGACGAACACAUUUUCUUUGACCCCGGCUAUUCUGCCGACUGCCGAGCUGGUUCAGUUGACCAAGCUGUUGCAGCUUGAACCUCCUUCCCAGAGAGGUGGUCAUCUUGCCAUUACGAAUGGUGGAUGCUCAGGGCAAGAAUUAAAUCGUUGGUUCAGGGCUCGCCUUCGGGCUUACAGGAUUCUAUACGGUAUCGGACAGCUCGUACAGGUCACCUCAAGGUUUGAUCGAUCCCUUGACAAGUAG